AUGCAAGUACCAACUUCUUUACUCCGGCCGUCACCGGCAAACCACCUUCUGUCACCGGCGAACCACCGGCUGUCUCUGGUCACUGGCAUUUCGAUUAGAAGUAGUAACUUUUCACUUUCGCUUGGGUUCCGUACAUUCCAAUGCUGCUCCAUUCAGUCUCCGUCUUCAGUUUUGGAUGAGAAGAGGUUCAUUGAAGCAUCGGAAAAUGGGAAUUUAAUUCCUCUGUGCGAAACCAUUUUCUCGGAUCAGUUGACACCGGUGCUUGCUUAUCGGUGCUUGGUUAAGGAAGAUGAUCGAGAGUCUCCGAGCUUCCUAUUUGAAUCAGUCAAGCCCGGUUACCGCACAACCACUGUUGGGCGAUACAGUGUGGUAGGGGCGCAGCCGACUAUGGAAAUAGUGGUGAAAGAGAACAAGGUUACACUAUUAGACCAUGAAGCUGCAAAAAUGACUGAAUGGGUUGAAGAGGAUCCAAUGACGAUUCCAAGAAGUAUUUCAGAUUACUGGAAACCGCAACUGAUCGAAGAACUUCCUGAUGCUUUUUGUGGUGGAUGGGUUGGUUUUUUCUCAUACGAUACUGUUCGUUAUCUAGAGAAGAAAAGGUUGUCCUUCACAAGCGCACCAAAGGAUGAUAGAAAUCUUGCAGACAUUCAUCUUGGACUCUAUGAUGAUGUAAUUGUGUUUGAUCAUGUAGAGAAGUUAGAUAGAUUCUCUUCUGCUGAAAAGGCUUACAACGAUGGAAUCACACGAUUGGAGAAAUUGGUGUCCAGAGUAAAAGAUAUUGAUCCUCCAAGGCUAUCUCCAGGUUUCAUUGACCAUCACAAUCAACAUUUUGGACUCUCUUUAAAAGAGAGUAACAUGACUAGUGAGGAAUAUAAGAAUGCUGUUGUACAGGCAAAGGAGCACAUUUUUGCAGGGGAUAUCUUCCAAAUUGUUUUAAGUCAACGGUUUGAACGAAGAACAUUUGCGGACCCGUUUGAAAUCUACAGAGCUUUAAGAGUUGUGAAUCCAAGUCCAUACAUGAGUUAUUUGCAGGCUAGAGGGUGUAUUUUGGUUGCUUCAAGCCCAGAAGUUCUUACGCGUAUUAACAAGAGAAAGAUUAUUAAUCGACCCUUAGCUGGAACCAUUAAAAGAGGGAAGACAGCCCUUGAGGAUGAGAUGUUAGAAAUGAUGUUGCUAAAGGAUGAAAAGCAAUGUGCGGAACACAUUAUGCUGGUUGAUUUGGGCCGAAAUGAUGUUUCAAAGGUUUCUGCUUAUCUAUUUUACUGCGAAAAAUAUCACGAGAAAAAAAAUUGCAUGCUAAACUUUGACAGUGUUUUCAUCUAUUCAUGUAUUGUACUGUCCUCAAAUAAGAUCAGCACCUCUUCAAAGUCAUCAUUUGUUCUUCUGAAAAUCUCGGUGGCCGUUGUGCGACUAACAUUCUUUCUUAUACAAGAGAGAUUGAAACUAAUGGCUGUUCCAUGUCGUCUCGGGUGGCUGGUCUCAAAAUCUGGAUCCGUUAACGUGGAAAAGCUUAUGACUGUUGAACGAUAUUCCCAUGUGAUGCAUAUCAGCUCUACGAUCACCGGGGAGUUGCUUGAUCAUCUAACUUGCUGGGAUGCACUGCAGGCUGCGUUGCCUGUUGGAACAGUUAGUGGAGCACCAAAGGUGAAGGCCAUGCAGUUGAUUGACCAGUUUGAACCAACAAGACGAGGACCUUAUAGCGGUGGCUUUGGAGGGAUUUCGUUUACAGGAGAUAUGGACAUCGCAUUGGCACUCCGAACAAUGAUAUUCUCAACAAGGCCUCGUUAUGACACAAUAUAUUCGUACAAGGAUGCCAACAAACGGCAAGAACGGGUUGCUCAUAUUCAAGCCGGAGCUGGAAUUGUGGCUGAUAGCGAUCCUCAUGAGGAGCAUAUAGAGUGUGAAAGAAAAGCUGCAGGGCUGGUUCGUGCCAUUGAGCUGGCCGAAUCAGCAUUCGUAAACGAAAAGCCAGCAAAGAUUAACGGUGCAUUAUCAUCCCGUCCAUCUGCAUCACAAUGA